UAAUUAAUCAAUACCAAUAUUUUAUUUAUUAAUUCUUGAUUAAUUCUAAGCUAAAAGUAACCUAAGUAAAAUGUCGAAGAAAGACAACGGCAAGAGGAAAGUUCCGAUCCAAAUUGAUCCAACAGAAUGUCCUUUUAGAGAAUUCCGUGACAAUGAAUUGAGUCCAGAAUUUUGGGGAAUGGGCCCCGCUGCUUUCCGAGCGGUUCAUUUCGGCAGCACCAUCAGCAAAGUGGCAGUGAAAGGAGGUGGUGACUACGUGUGGGUGGACGAGCAAACUCAGCCAUUGCCGCGGUCAGCGAGGCAGUACCUGCAUGGAUGGGUCCGGGCUGAAGAACUCGCUAUGAGGCGAUGGAAUGCUGAAACUUUAGUUUUUGAGGAGACUGGAGACGGAAAGAUGUCAGUAGUGGACAUUCAGCUCAGCCACACCCAAGUGCUGCUCAGAUCCUCCUUCUGCAGAAAAGUGCUGUGCAUUUGCUAUGUGCUAGAGAGAGUCGAAGGCUUAGUGGUCGAACACCAGUGGGAGAACUUUGUGGCCACCAUACAACCUGAGGGUUGGAGGGUGCGCUACCAUAUCUACUCCCCAGGGUUGAAGCCGGGGGGAGGGCAACAGCAUCGACCCACUUUAUCCAAAAAUGGUUGCUACCUCGUCCGGCUCUUCUACCUUGGUGCCUGGCGCUGCGUGUGGGUGAGUGACCUGGUGCCAGUGGACGCCACGGACUCUCCUCUCCUGCCGUUCUCUCCGCUUCUCUGCCAGCCGCCAACAAAGCCAGGCACCAAGCAAUCUCGCGUUACUGUUAUUUCUAAGUUCGUGCAUCUCUGGCCACUGCUGCUUUGCAAGGCGCUGCUGAAACUCGCCGCGCCUGAUAUGAAUUCAGAUGAGGACACUAAUUUGGAAGAUGAACCAAUGCCGGAGUUUGAUGUGUUUCACGCCUUAACUGGGGCUGUGAACAUAACCUAUACUUUUAAGGAUCCUGAUCGGGUAUGGAACCUUCUAACAUCAGAGGUCCCGAUAUUUUCGUGGGAUGAUGAUGAUGAAAGCCCCACCAGUACAGUCAAGUCCAAAAGCAUCAAGAAGCAGCCCACUAAAGAGACUGCAGCAGUGAGGCGCGGUUCCAUGACGACAAUUCUCAUCGAAGACACGAAGAAUUUUCCUUCCUACGCUCUCCCGGGAAUCACUCCAGGGCAUGAGAUGAGUAUGCUAGUUUUGAUGGCCAGGGAUCUACCCUUGAAGAAACCUUUGCCUGAACCUGAUGUUCAAUUAUGGAAAACAUUCAGAUGGGUGGACUGGGCUCGACGGCAUGGAUUGUACGAAGCAUUUGACUGUCCACGCACAAGAUUCUUGAAAGUGAACGGUCUUAUGAAACUCUCGUAUGCUCCGCACUUAUUGGAUGUUCAGAGCACUGAGUCGAUUACAUACCAAUUCAGAGAAGAACAUGACAAACCUAAUCAACCACCAAAGAAGACUGUUAAGGAACUGGCGGCCAUGGCCACGUCAGCCACUGGUCAGCAAUUACAGAAGGAUGAAUUACGGCAAUGGGUGUUAUAUGGGCCGCUACAAGGAUCAAUAAAAAACAUCAGCAUCACAUACUACCCGUCGAUGUAUCAAUUUGCUUCGAUAGCCAGCAAUCCACCAUCACGAAUAUCAAAAGUACCUCAAAGCAAAAUGGUGGACGUGCCAGCACCAAAAUCAGCACCUUUGUACCUCCAAAUCGACGGACCAAAUGAGAAUGUCUUAAGGAUUUCCUUAGCCAUGCUCCAUCCUCGAGUACUCUUCAACUGUGGUGUACCCAUACUUGAUUUUAUAGAGCCAGCGUAUUUGAUACUGGAGGUUUUUGAAUGGUUUGUGGACUGUGAACUGCCAGUAGCCAAAGCGUACGUAGAGACAAGAGAAUACAAUUCUGUAGAGAUUGUACUGCCUCCAGGACGACAUUUUUGCAGGAUCUGGGUGCACUCCCGCAUGAAUUGGCACGCCAUGUUUCUGUCGGAGUCGUCAUUAUUACUUGGAACGCGUGAUGUGGUUCAGUGUGCGGCAGUCAGAGAGUGCCCUUGGGCUUCCCGUUUCCUUUCAAACCUCGGCACUGCGUUCUCUAAUUGGAUACGAGUGAAUAAAUCCAGUCUCAAUAUGGCGGCGAAUGAAAAGGAUUUUCUAAAAGCUUAUCAACCAGAUUUGGAGUGGGACGCCAAAGUAGUGGGUUAUGAUAAGGCCUUAAUUCACUGGAUGUUCAAACAAGCAUUGCAGUCUCUAUUGAGUAAAAGACUCUCACCAAACGAAUUUCGCGCAGUAUGCACAGUUCUUAGGUCACACUUCUGCGAUCCUGACUUCGGUAUGCCACCAAAACCUAAGCCCCCAAAAUCUUUAAGAGCCGUCGCUGAUAUGGAUCCUUGUGAUUGUGUUAUGCCUGAAGUAGAAGAGGUUGAGGCUUUGGAAGAAGAAAAUAUGACAGAAGAACAGGUUACUGAAGAAAAACCACUAAUAGAUCUAGAAACAAUGAAUAAGCUGCUCAGCUCUCCUGAGCCACCUUCCACUUCCCAAAUCUGUGACCUCGCUACUGAAGAGCUGCCAUGUGGUGUACUGAAAGCUGAACGGGACAAAAUUAUAAGAAGACACGAGGCAGCUACAUGUAUUCAGGCGCAUUGGCGAGGCGCUUGGGCAAGGAAGUGCAUGACUGAUCAUUUGUUGAUUACAACUGAUGUUAUGAAAAUGAUUAUGGAGAACGCCUUUGGAAAUUUGGAGGCAUUAUCAGCCUUGAUGAAUGAAUUCUUCCUGAUGUAUCCUGGAGCAAAAUACGCCUACUCUGUAGCAUCAGCCCUUUCUGGAGUAAUUGGACUCCAUCAGUACAAUGGAACAUCGUCCAUCACUUCUAAAUGUAAAUGGAUCCCAUACUUUCAAGGGGUAUUCUACUGUCAUGCACCAGUAAAAGUACAUCUAGAUUUGCAAAGCUCUUUACCGUACUGCACCGUUGCUGUCUACGACAAUGAUGAUGGGAAACAGAUGCCGCAAGUUUAUAACGCCCAUAUUACUUUCCAUUUUGAGCCUAAUGACAACGGAUACACCAUAAUGGGUCACGGUACUCUAAACGAACCACCAGAUACUAGUUCUGAGGUCAACUGGCAACUGACAGUCCUCUCAUCCACCGCAGAUGUCUUCCACAUCUGUGACAAUGAUAUAGAUUCGUGCAAAGAACUAUACUUGCCACAGUCUAACAAGUUGCAUAUAGAUGAAGUGUUUAUACCGAAUAGUAGGAAUAUCCUUGGUGGAGUUCAGAUAUCGGUGCAAAGGCAGGAGUAUGUUAGUUUCAGGGCAGCUGCUACAUCACCUGAGCUGGAAAUGGAAGCAAUCCUCUACUCUACCUCGUCAGAAGGGGUUUCACAAGAAUUGGGAAGAUGUUCGGGCAUCGGCGAGUUGUACUGGCCUUAUAUUAAACUUGAAUCAGCUAAUGUGACUUUUAGUUCGAGAAGCGUAAAGAUACACUCAACGGCAAAUUUUUCUUUAGUUCAGAGAGACGCUGUAUUUGCAAGUGCCCGUUCACUGAAGACACAUAAGGCGGGCGGAAAAACAAAAUCGACGACCAAGAUAAAGGAUGUCAAACCAUUGGAGCCGAAGCAGUAUACAAUUAAAGUGAUAGCACCUAACGGAUGGCCGCUGACGCUCGAUCAGUGGACUAGAGUAAACGAAGUACGUAAUAUGCACGAGGAGGAAAAACUGGAUAUUAUAGCAUCAAAAAAACCAAUGUCGAAGGAUAGGGGUGGAUCAGCAAAGGACAAAGUACUAGCACUUCUAUACCAACCACAACCAGGUGAUGCUUACGUGGAGCUAGAAUGUUCUCUGGCGGCUGGCGGAGGAUCCCAGGCCAAGCGUGAUGAUGAGAGGGAUCUGCAAUUUGCUGCUGAGAGAAAAAGUUGGGAUAUGCAUGAGCCGGGGAGAAAUUUAAGAGGAUCCCAGAUCAGGAAAGAUUUCAGGGCGGAAUUCCUCGAGAUCGCGCUGCAACCGCCCUCCCCAAGCUUACGGACUGUUACGGAGGAAACUUACAGCGAACUGGAAGGAGAGCAAAAAAGUAAACAAUUAAUUUCAGAAGAUAUUCGCCUUUCUCCUAAUCAGCAAGGGCCUACACCUGUGACUGAAAGUGAAUUUCUAGAAAAUAUGUCAACCGAAAGUGAAGAAGAAACGAAAUAUCUAACAAUGCCUGAGCAAUUGAAAGACAAAUUCAUACCGCUCUACUAUGUCCCGCUGUGUACCAAAGAAAUUGAGGAAGAAAGGGUUAUCUUAACCCCACAACUGCUAGAAGAGGCCCAGAAGACCCGUCACAUCGACAGAGAGGCGGCUUUACAGCGCAUGCGUGACUUGCAGGCCUACAAUGAGACGUAUGUGCUGGGGAGACAGAAACACAGGUGCCAACUGCUGGAGAAACUAUUUGUUGAUUCGCAAUGGAACCCAGAGUUGUCCCAAGUUCUAGAAGAAAGAGAUGAAGCGAUCGCUCGCGAAGCUCUCAAUCGCACUCUAUCUGCAGCUACAAAGAAGAAGAUGGAAGCCAAAAAAAAAUAGAAGAGGAGAAGAAGUAGAGAAACUUUUCCCCAAACACAUGCUAAAGUAGUUUCGCGUUCAAUGCUGGUUCACCUGCGAAAAUUCAUAACUUCAAUUAAAAAUGUAGGCAUAGAAGAAAUAUGAUAAGUGUCUUUUACAUUCUUUGGCUUCAGUCAAUUUUUAGGAUUCCAUAAAUAGAAAGAAUCCUUUUAUUGAUACUCGGAGCAAAAUUGUCCUUUGUAUCAUAUUAUUUUCAUGUUCAGUUUAGGAAACAGGACAUUGUACGGAACUCAACUGUGCGAGCCCGACUCGGUUUUAUUUUUCUCAUAUAUGUUUCUCCUAUUUUCCCAA